AUGGUCAAGACAUUUGAUGCUGCUGAUAUUGUCUCGCACAACAAGCCAGAUGAUUGCUGGGUUAUCUUAUAUGGAGAUGUUUGGGACGUGACGGAAUUUCUCCCUAGCCAUCCCGGGGGAUCUUCAAUCAUACUGAAGCUUGCCGGUCGCGACGCCACAGAAGAAUAUGACCCUAUACAUCCGCCGGGGACGUUGGAAGAUAACCUCAACCCAAAAGCAAAACUCGGGAAGGUCGACCCCACUACAUUGCCAAAGCCCAAGGCAGACGAAGCAGAGAAGGGUCUGGAGGAUAAAGGCCCGCCAAGCAUGCAGUCUCUGCUAAACCUGGACGAAAUAGAAGAGGUCGCAACAAAGCAGAUAUCAAAAAAAUGCUGGGCAUAUUACUAUUCUGCUUCAGAUGAUUUGAUAUCCAAGAGUUUCAACAAUCAGGUCUACAAGCAGAUAUUAUUACGUCCGCGAGUAUUUGUUGAUUGUACCAAAUGUGAUCUCUCUACCACCUUGCUUGGACACCAAGUCGGGAUACCAUUAUACGUUUCACCAGCUGCUAUGGCUAGGCUAGCGCACCCUGCCGGCGAGCAUGGCAUCGCGCAGGGCAUCAGUUCAUUUGGAGCUUUGCAGAUCAUUUCGAACAAUGCAUCCAUGACCCCUGAGCAAAUCGUCGAGAGAUCUCUUCCCGACCAGAUUUUUGGAUGGCAGUUAUAUGUCCAGAACGAUAGGAAGAAGAGUGAGGCCAUGCUCGCACGCAUGAACAAGAUGACAGAUAAAUUCAAAUUCAUUUGCUUGACGUUAGAUGCCCCGGUUGGUGGGAAGCGGGAAGACGAUGAAAGGUAUACGGAUGUUGGCGCCUCACUCCCAAUUCCCUCGUCAAUUAAAGGUGAUGCGCCCCAGAGGCCUGGGGGCGGAGGAGUAGGUCAACAACUGUUUUGGGGAACUGCUGCCGAUCUGACAUGGAAGGUCACUCUUACGUGGCUUGCGAAGCACACUUCACUUCCAAUUGUGUUGAAGGGUAUUCAAACACAUGAGGAUGCAUAUUUGGCUGCCCAGUAUGCGCCUCAAGUGAAGGCUAUCAUUCUUUCCAACCAUGGUGGACGAGCCCUUGACACUGCACCACCCGCUGUGCACACGCUGUUGGAAAUCAGGAAGUACUGCCCUGAAGUAUUUGGCCGAAUCGAGGUCUGGGUAGACGGCGGCAUCAAAAGAGGGACAGACGUUGUGAAGGCAUUGUGUCUGGGUGCCAAGGCUGUCGGAGUGGGGCGGGCAGCGUUGUUUGGUCUUGGAGCUGGUGGCGCCGAGGGGGUUCAGAGGACAUUUGAAAUUCUCAAAGCCGAAACCGAAACGUGCAUGAGACUACUUGGGGUCGAGAAGAUAAGCCAACUUGGGUCUGAACAUGUAAAUUCACGAGCUGUGGAGCGUGAUAUAUAUGAUGGAAGUGCAGAGCUUGAUAAGCUUGGUCUAUGGGAAAAAGCUCGUCUAUAG